GCAGCUUUCUCUCCUUCCUUCCCUCUUGGAACGCGAAAAUCAGUAACCGCAGGAGAUUUUCAUCUUUAUCUCUUUAAGACUAGAUUAAAUUUACUUGUUUAAGGAGGUGGGGCGAGCUCGUGUCAAGGUAUGCCCCAACUUGAAGCCAGUUCCUUGCUUCCACCACGUCAUGUCAUCAGGCCUGGUAGCAGGUGCCUUUUCUUGCUGAAUCACCUCACUGGUCCAUGUCUUAGUCUCUUGAAGGAAUAUGGAGAGUUCAGAAGUAGCUGAUGUUUUGUUUCUGAGUAUGGUAGGAUGCUGGGGACCAGCCUCAGCAGAGAAGUGGGUCUGGGAUGUCUGGAAGGCUAAGCGAAUACACAAACACAGGAUUCUAAUGCAAGCUGACAGGCUCUCAGCUGCAGGGCGGGUUCUUCUAAUUCUCUCUCACUCUCCCUUAUUUCUUUCCCUUUCUCUGUCUCUCUCUGCCCUAGCUUCAAACCUCAGUCUUUUAUUGUGAAUUUUACACAAGGAACUUGAUUCUUUUUUUCUUGCCCCAGGUUAAUCAUUUCAGGAACAAAGCAGUUCACAAAAAGUACAAAGAUUCUUUGAAAUCAGAACAUCAUCAUGCAUUAUGACAUUUUCCCAGUUCCCAAGCCCCAUGCCAGCCACUAUAUUCUUAAUUCUUAGCUGAGUUAAUUUUUAAACAACUUCUGAGGCUUUCUCCUCAGAGGCAGACUACCUGCAGUUACAGAAGCGUAGUUCAGCGGGUUUCACUCCAUUGUCGCACCUUUCCCAUUGUUGUUCCUCACGAUUCCAAUUUUGAUUUAAAGGCCAAAGGCAGUCAGCCCCAAAGCCCUGGGUUCUUCAGAAACUUUAUUCGUCAUAGCCAGUACCUUUCUGUUUCAGUAUAAUUCUUUUACCAAGUGUCAUAAUCAGGCAAGAACAAUUUCUUCAUAUCCCCCCAAAUUCCCCAGUUCUUUUAGUGAAAGAGGGGAGACUCUCACUCAAGUCUCGGGAUAACAUGACUCCCCAGGAACUCACGAGAAACCGUCCUUGCUGCAAUCACAGGAGGUUUAUUGACAGGAACCAGCUGGGACCGAAACUUAUUUCCCACGCAGGGGUAGAGGAGUUUGACCCCGUGUAGCUGGGAGAAGUGGUAUUUAGGGAAAGAAACCACAACCCAAAAGGGGUAGGGAGGGCGUUAUUGGAAAAUUCUGAAAAUACUAGUGAUCAUUACAAGGGGGUAGCUCCCCAUUUUUCAAGAUUAUUCUCAAGAUUAUAAUCUAACUUUAUGGUCAGCCAGUUCCUGGAACAGAGUCACUAAACCGGCUAACCUAGAUUUUUGGUUCUUCUCUCCCUGCUAGAUUUUUGGCUCUAUUCUUUCUGCUAGAGGGGUCUGGAUUUAUCCGGGUCUUUCAUCAGUGCCUGCCCGCUCUGUCAGAUCAGUAAGAUUCGUAUUAACAUACAGCGCAUCCAUAUUCUCAGAAGCCACUGGUGUGGAAGGAAACAAGAACAUGAAGAACAAGUACACGAGCAGAAUUGUUAUAACCAGAAUCAUCUGUAACGUUGCCAAAUGCACAUCUGUAACUGCCAUAGAGGCGGUCCUCGGGGCACACAGGUGUUUUCUCCUCGGCCCUCAAGUAACAUCAUUUAUUGCCGCUGGGUUGCCUGGAGGGAAUUGCUUCCUGCCUCUCAGCAACCGCAGUGGAGGGGAGCUAUGCUUUGGGGGUCCAACAGUAGCUAAUCUGCUUUGAUAUCAUACAGAUUCUAACUCAGACUUGUCAAAUGAACAAUUAAGGCAACGUCUUCAUGAAACUUUAGAGGAAGUAGAAAUUUUAAAAACUGAACUUGAAGCCUCUCAAAGGCAACUUGAAGGUAAAGAGGAAGCAUUGAAAAUCCUUCAAAGCAUGGCAGUGCUUGACAAAGCCACAAGUCACACACAGACAGUGCUUCAAAAAACCAUAGAACAAAAGAGAUCUUUGGAGAAGGAAAUAAAUGCCUUGCAGUGGGAAAUGGAAUUUGAUCAGGAUAGAUUUAAAAAUAUAGAGGAAUCGUGGAUCCAAAAAUAUGACAGACUAAGCUGUGACAAUGCUGUCCUCAGAGAGAAUCUGAAGGUGAAAACAGAAGAAAUUAAAAUGCUCAAGUCUGAAAAUGCUGUUUUGAACCAGCGGUAUUUGGAGGCCCUUGCCAUGCUUGAUAUCAGACAGCAGAAGGUGGCCCAGGAGAACAUGGCUCAGGAGGACAGUGCCUUUUCAGAGGUAUCUGGACUCGAGCUUGCAGUCCUCGGCGCCUGCGUGUGUCGCGGUCCUGGAGGGAACCCCUGUUCUUGUGCCAAAAUGGCAGCAUCCACUCGCAAACUGGUUCUUCAGCUCAGACAUGAGCUGGAAAUUCUGCAGAAAAGUAAGGAAGAGGCUCAUAUAAUGGCAGAUGCAUUCAGAAUUGCCUUUGAGCAGCAGUUAACGAGGAAAAACGACCAGGCGCUGAGACUGGCACACGUGGAUAAGUGUAGACGAGCGGCCGCGUGGACCAACAGGCAGCACCUGAAAGACGAGGGAUAUGCGUCCCAAAGGAAAAAGAAGACCUUAGGGCAGCGACUGCUGGGGAUGCUCCCUUCAGAAAACAGUUCGAAGAAGACUGAAGACCAAGACAGCCCACAAGAAGUCCUUAAGAUGCUAAUAGACUUGUUGAAUGACAAAGAAGAAGCACUGGCUCAUCAAAGAAAGGUCAGUUACAUGCUUGCUCGGGCGCUGGAAGACAAAGACAUUGCCACCAAGAAUAAGGACAAAAUUCCCACGAACCAGAAAUCCCCACUCACAGCCCCCUGGCAGGAAGCUACAGGACUCUGUGUUUUGCAUGAUCCAGCACACUCAAAUGUCCAUGUUUCUGAUCCUGUGGGCUGUAUUUGCUCAGUCCACCAUCCCCAGAGAGAUUCAGACUGCUCAAGGACUCUUAAAAGAUCCCAUUCUUUGCCAUCAAAUAUAUUUUAGAAAUAAACCAGUUGGAAUCAGAAUUAGAGCUGUAAAAAUCAGGUUCUGGAGCUGGAAAUGUCUCAGAGGUAGGACACUUGGUCAGUGUGCAUAAGGCCUUGGGUUUAGCACAUGGUGGUGCACACCUUCAAUCCCAGCACUCAGGAAGCAGAGGCAGGUGAUCUGACUCUGAGUCCAGCCUGGUCUACAGAGCAAGUUCCAGGACAGCCAGGGCUCCACAAAGAAACCCUGUCUUGAAAAACCAAACAAAAACCAAAAAGGCCUCAGGUUUGAUGUUCAGCAUUGCAAAGACUUCAAAAGACAACCCAGGGUAAGGAGGAUCCUAACUUAUAAAUCCCAGCACUUGGGAGCCUGAGAAGGCAAAAAAUACUGUAAUUUGAGGGCCGACCAGAUAGUGAGACUACUGCCAAAAACACAAAAGAAUCACAUAAUGUUGAUAAUAUUAAGAAGUUGUAUGCUUUCUAGAUAUUUUUAAAAUGUUAGCAUAAUAAUUACAAAGCAGUAGGUUCAUUAUGGUAUCUUAAUACAUGUAUUAACAAUGUAUGUGUUUAACCACAUCUCUCCCUUUUAGUUUUAGGAUGCAGCUUAAGUACUCAAACCUUUAACACAUGUUUUAUAAGAAAUGUAUUAGUACUGUACUCUAUAUAUACUAUGUUGACAUUUUAUUUAUAAAGUGCUUUUUCAUAUUUUGACAGUUUCAGUGACAAGUAUUCUUGGGAAAAAUUCAUUUAUUUGUGGAGCUGAGGAGAGCUCAGUUGGUGCAGUGUUCCCUUGCUAGCAUGAGGCUGAGUCCGAUCCUCAGCAGCCACAGGAAAAGCCAGGUGCAGUGGAGCACACCUGACCGCUGGAGAUGCAGAGGCUUCCAGGCCAGCCAGCCCAGCCUAAUAGACUCCAGCGAGAGACCCGCCUCAAAAAAAGGUGGACAAAACCCAAGGUUGACUUCUGGUGAUCACAUGCAUACACACAUGUGUACACACACACACACACACACACAAAAUUACCAACUGAUGAAGUAAUUUUUCUGUUGGGUGUGGUGGUACAUCUCUGUAAACCCAACGCUCAAAAGGCUUCAAGCUUGUAAGUAUUAGGAAAGCCUGGAUGCAACCUAGCAAUAAAAAUUGUCUUAAAAAACAAAA